CAGAACGAAAUAAGAAAGAAGCAACCACCACAAAAGUUAUCCGUCGAAUCAACAUGACACAACAGAUAGCAUUAUUCCGAAGGCUAUUGCGAGAAGCAAAGCAAUUCAACGACUACAACUUUCGAGCUUAUGCAGUACGUCGUAUCCGUGGCGGAUUCGAGAAGAAUCGUCACCUGGAAGGGUGAGUCCUCGGGUUCAAGAUUUUGUUAUUAACUAGCACAGCCGCCAUUUAGUUUUCGGAACCGACGUUUGGUAGAUCACAUGAGCAGUAUGGAUGGGUUGAUGUGAUCAUCGACCGCGCAAGAGACAUAGUCCGCCAUCAACAAACAUCAACAAACAGUACUCUGCCUUCUGUAGUCCAAUCGCUUGUUUGUCAUAUAAUUUUUCUGACCAUUUACUUUGCUGUUGUUGAUGCAGAGAUGCCGCACAAAUAGCCCUGAAGGAAGGGCAGGAACAAUUCUCGGUGCUGGCACGUCAAAGUACAAUUUCGAGACUAUAUCCUAGCGCUCAGAGUGUCAUGGAAGCGCCCACGGCAGUCGUCUAGGAAAAGAGUACAAAAAAGCAUUCUGAGUGGUAGAAAAAGGGAAGCACGAUAACAAGAAGUGUACGAUUUUGAGAAAAAAAUGCCCAUUAUCAUACAUCUCCGGGUCUGGUAUUAUAAUUAUAUCC